GCAACUGGGUACUGCUGCCCAUCACAAUUGUCAUUCUCCUCGUUGGGCUCGUGAGGCAUAACAUCAUCAUGCUCAUUUCCAACCCGCCGAAGAAGAUGACCGACUUGCAGCUCAGAGAGCAGAGGAUCAUGGCAAAGUCGGGGGCCUUGAGAACCAACCACGCCCAAAUUCCCCCUGCCGCCUUCAAGGUCAAACGCGAAAAGCUCCUCACCGACUUGGGAAGCGGCAAGUUCCUCGCUGAGCCUCCAAAGCCCCCACCAGCACAAGGCAGCGAGCCAGAGAUGCCCGCCAACCCGCUGAGCGACCCUUCAGCCAUGGAGGGGAUGAUGGAGCCGAUGAAAAAGUCAAUGGUCAUGAUGAUUCCGCAGACGCUGAUUAUGGGUUGGAUCUCCUUCUUCUUCUCAGGCUUCAUCGUCGCCUCGGUACCCAUCCCGAUGCCCUUCCCCCUCGACUACUUCAAGGGCUGGCUUCAGCGCGGCUUGGCCAGCGAGGACAUCUCCAUCAAUUGGGUGUCGAGCUUGAGCUGGUACUUCCUUGUGGCCUUUUUUGGCCUCAACGCGGUCUACCGCGUGCUGCUGGGAGAUGACAACGCUGCAGACUCGACGAGGGACAUGAUGGGUCCGCUAGGGGGUGGAGCAGGACAGCAGCAGCAACAGCCGCAGAUGGCAAAGACGGUCUCGAUUGUACGACCUGACACUGACACUGACACUGACUCGCACCUGAUCUCCUUUUCCUUUGCUCCUCGACAGGACUUUUCCAAGCUCCACGCAACAGAGCGCGACACCCUUGACCGCGUGGGCAAGGAGCUCAUCGAAGCCCCUCCUCCGCCGAAUCGCGACGUCGUAUCGGGAAAGGCGCUCAGUGGAUUUGGCAAGAAGGCUGGCGCAGCAGGGGGAUCCAGUGCGAACAGAGGUGGGAAGCGUUGGGUCGGAGACGGGGUAGAGGAGAGGGUAUUGAGGAGGUACGGGAGGGUGGUAUGAGCGAGGGAAGGGAAGAAGGAAUGGCGAACGAGGCUGUGAGGAGAGUUGCAAGAGCCCGGCCAGCAGACGGUGUUCAUUCUGCAGUGCGGGCCUCAUAAUGAAGAGAAACGUAGAUUGGACGACAAGAAGGUCUACAAAUCUUGAGAGAUUCCUUCCUGAUCGAUGCGCGACGCACCGGAUCGCGUCACUGACUUCGCUCACGCCUCUGAUUGCCAAGUCGAUGUCGCUUGACCUCGGCGAUCUCGAUACUGGCAGAGCGGCAUGCCGAGCAUUCUUCAGAGCAUCGAAGCUGGCAACGGUGAUGCAGCCGCCCACCAAGAGACCUUCUUUGUCCCUCUCAACUUGACGUCUUUAGCUCUCGCCAGACGAGCCUACAGCGUUAACACAGUCUUCGAGCCUUCGCUGAACGUGCGACGCCGCAA